UACAUUCAUCCAGAUACCUUCUUUCUAUUUCUCCUUCCGCCAUGCAUCUUGGAAGCAGCUUAUGGUCUCCACGAUCCUGUCUUUUUUGAAAACCUUGGAACUAUCUUGUUCUAUGCCAUCUUUGGAACCCUGAUCAAUUGCUUCAUUAUUGGUCCUGUUUUGUUCUGUCUGGCAUACAUCGGAGCAAUGGGAACUUUCAGUAUAUCACUGAUCGAAUGUCUCGUCUUUUCAUCACUCAUCGUUGCUGUAGAUCCUGUUGCCGUGUUGGCGAUAUUUCAAGAGGUUGGAGUCAACAGUGUUCUAUACUUUCUUGUCUUUGGCGAAUCUUUACUCAAUGAUGCUGUCACUGUAGUCCUCUACAACACAAUUACCACAUUGAGCUUGAUGGGCGGGGAUAUUCCCGUUUCCGAAAUCGGUAUGGCAAUAGCAGCUUUCUUCGUCGUCAGUCUUGGCGGUUUGACCAUCGGCUUGAUAUUUGGCCUGCUCAGUGCCCUCAUUACAAGACUUAUGAUGCACAUCAGAGUUGUUGAACCACUUGCAAUCCUGUCAAUGGCCUACGCGUCCUACCUCAUGGCUGAGUUGUUUCAUUUCUCGGGCAUCAUCAGCAUGAUAGGAUGUGGAUUGAUGCAGAUGCAAUUCGCCUUCCACAACAUCUCCAACAACUCCUCAGUCACCAUCAAGUACUUCAGCAAAAUGCUUAGCAAUGCGUGCGACUGCAUCAUCUUCAUGUUCCUUGGCAUCUCUCUGAUCAGAGAUAAUCAUCAGUGGCAUCUUGGAUUUGUCCUCUGGUCUGUAGUGCUUUGUCUUGCCGUUAGAUUUAUCGGUUGGUUGGUUGUUACUUAUGGGCUGACUUUCCUCGUCAACAAAACCAACCGAUCAAGAUGCAUUGGAAACAGGGAACAGUUCAUCAUGGCUUACGGAGGGCUGAGGGGCGCAGUUGCCUUCUGCUUGGUGGUCCUCCUGCAAAACGAGCACACGAGGCACAAGGAACUCUUUGUCACUGCUACUCUAUCCGUUAUUUUAUUCACUGUCUUUGUUCAGGGCAUAACCAUCAAGCCGUUGGUUAAGCUGUUGAGGAUUGAAGGCGAGGAGGAGAAGGUGAUGUGCUUGUAUCAAGAGAUCAACAAUCAUGUGAUAGAUCACUUGCUGGUUUUCAUGGAGGAGGUCAUUGGUCACUAUGGACACAAUUCAUUCCAGGUGCUCAUGAAAAUAUAA